AUGGGCGUCAGGGAGGUUGCGGAACUCUCCAAUUCCUAUCGCACACAAAACCUUCAAGAUACGGUCUCCGGCUGGCUCCAUUCCGGUGCCGGUCAUGAGUUUUACAGUUUGGGAAAGAUUCCAGAACACUCCUGGCUUCCUACCCAGUACAAGUACAAGAAGGAUGUUGAUCAGAGCAGUAUUGUCUCUGUCGACGAUGCUGUAAGCGUAAGCGAUUCCGCGCACGAAUCAUAUUCGUCGGAGGCAUCAACUCAAACAUCAUGGACGACUGCUACGGAUCCGACGGAUAUUUUUCUGGACGAGGAUGAAAGAGAGCAGCUGAAAUGCUCCCAGGCGUCGCGCACAUCAGUAGAGCUCCAGGAGCAUUUGCUCAAGGGGCUCCAGACUAAGGAUCCAGCUUCCUGCGUCGAUCGCUCCUCUUCUAAACCUUCACAACAUCGCCUCAAGGCGCAUGGAUCGACUCACCUUCAGCCCGAGGUCUUGGGUCCGACACAAAAGCUUAGUCAAACCUGUAUCCAGCCUCGUGCCACCGGCACCUCCGAAGUUCGCGCUCAGAAGUGCAACGCUCGAAGGUCGAGCUGCUCAGGCAAAACACAGUUAUCGCCUCCCAAACUUAAGAGAGAUACCGAUAUCACCGAACAAUUUGUCUCUCUCCUUAUCAUCUUUGCAACAAGACUGGUCACGGCAAUCUGGCCGCUUUCAGCUUGUCCUCCGAUGAUGUCAACCUGCUUUAACGGUGCCGGAGUGCUACCUUUGCGUGUCUUCAUCCAAGAAACUUUACGUCGCUCGAAGACAAGUUACUCGACCUUGCAGGUGGCACUUUAUUAUUUGAUCCUUCUCAAGGCUAGGUUACCUUCUGGAGACCAUGCUAGAGAAGAACAGAGGGUCCAAGCCAAUGGCGAAUCCUGUGAAAGGUCUCAAUGUCGCGCAAUGCAAUGCGGACGUCGAAUGUUCUUAUCGGCUCUUAUGCUCGCCUCCAAGUACCUCCAAGAUCGCAAUUACUCUGCCCGAGCUUGGAGUAAGAUUUCUGGUCUUCGCAGCAACGAGAUCAACGAGAAUGAAAGGGAAUAUCUCCUUCAGAUCGACUACGAUCUUCACGUGCCCAAGGAAUCUUUUGAUAACUGGAGCAAGAUUGUCCUAGCUCUUAGUAAAUUAUCCAAAGAGCGACCACCAUGCCGACCCCAUUCCCCCAACGUGGACAUUUUCCCAGGGAGUGGAUCAAGCAACGUGUUAGCCGACAUGGUGUCCCAGGUAGACCUUUGUGAAACAACUGGGCAAAACACAUUUUCUGAUGAAUGGUGGACCGAUAUAAUUCAGAAAUUGGACCCCAGCAUCGUCAAAGACUCGACGCGGGCGGAUGAGUUCCUCAGAACGAGUUUGCCCGUUGACAAGUUUGAUCAACUCCCAGUAUUGAACUUCAACAGGCAACCCAACAAGCCUUGGGAUAGUCUUACGACAGGCUCAGAGCCGGCGUCUCAUGGUUAUGACAUCAAGUUCAGCGACACAUUGAAGUCACGCAAUGUUGAGCAGUGCAAGGUUCAAACUCCUCAAACUCCCGUACAAAUGAGCCCUGCACGCUACUCAGCAGGCAAUCUGCCUAUGCAACCUUACCUACGAAAUCUUCCUACCCCACAAACCACUCCGCGUAUUGCGGAUAAGUGUCAAUGGUCCAGCAAUUACAACAGAUCUCUUCGUUGCUUUGCAUCCAUGGAUGCUCUGCGAAGCAUGCGCAAGCAGUGCAUCAUGAAUGCAAAUUUGGAGCGUUGUCCACCACCGCCGCCGCAACGCUUACCACCUGUGAAGUCCCCAAUACGUCCUGCAGAGACAAUUCGGGAACUUACCGGCAGGUCCGCAACGCCAUUCCUUUCUUCGCCAUCGUCUGUUGCAUCAGAUUCGACAUCUUGCACCACACGAUCUCGAUCUUCGUCUAUUUCUUCCUAUUCAUCGUGGUCAUCGAGCUCCUGCUCCAUGCCGCAAUUUCGACUAAGAUGUGGAGGCCAGUUCAGUUCUCCUCUGGCGCGUGUUUGCUCCUUGUCCGAUAGAUAUUGCAAAUCAACUUCAGCAGAUGGCCAGCAAGUAGACGUGUCAACCAACAAAUUCCACGAUGAAGGUUAUGGAAGCGGCGAGGAACUGCGGAUGAAGCAGCCUAAGCAUUACUUCACAACUAGUCCUGAGGUGGACGCCGUCCAUGUCCUGAUGUCGCUGUCGACGCAAUCGGAAACUUCAAGCCAAAGCGUUACCCCCACACCGCAACGACUUGCCGGGCAUGGUAAUGACGCCACGUCACAUAUCAACCAUGACUCUCCAAGGGGUCACAAGCGGACAUUGUCAAAGACAGAUCACAAUCUGCAAUCGCAAGUGAGAAAUUCUCUUUUGCAAGACCAGAACUCUUUCGACAUCGUGGAAGAUCGCCUUCGCCCCUUCUAUGACAAUACCCCCAAACAAUGGCAGUGGCCCACCAAAACUUGGGCUGCUCCGAGACGGGCAUUGCCCAACACGUUGGAUAACAAACGUGUGGCCACAUAUUGCUCAAUUCAGCAGUUUGCUUCCGCACCUGAUCUAGCUUCUCAAUAUCUCAAGGAUGCAAUGAUUACAGCCUCCUGA